AUGGCCGGCCGCAACUUGAGCGCUGCCGGAGCAAAGGAGGAGGAGGGGGAGCAUGCCAUUGCCAGACCGCCCAAGAUCGACGUGGAUACGCUCUGCCUACUCUACAUGCUGCUUCUCAUGACGAUCUGGAUGUCCUCGUUUCGGCUCCGGUGGCCGGUGCUGGUCACCUACUACGUCCCGGCCAUGGAAGCCGUGGUCACCUGCUUCUUCUUCGCGUUCGUCACCGUCCAGCUGCAGGUGCUGCUUGCCAUCGCGCUGUCGGAGGAGCCCGAACCGUCGCUGCUUCCGCCUGCCGUGAACCAGUGGAUCAUGGCCCUCGCCGUGUGGAUGUUCGGGGUCCUCUACUACAUGAUCUACGCCUCCCUGAGCGACGGGUAUGCGGGCUACUGGGACCUGAUCAUGUCCGGGGUCGCGAGUGUUGUGAGCCUCGCCAUGACUGUCUACAACAUGCUGCAGGUUGUAAAUUCAGUUCUUGUGCUCGUAGUUUGUUUCUUCUCGUAG